CAAACAAUUUUCAGUUUAAUAAUUUAUCUAGGUAUUAACAAUAUUGGUUCAUUAUGAAAAUGUGUGAGUGCGCGAUAACAAGUUAGUUCCGAUUAUUCAAGUGUGCCAAUGAAAUUUUCAUGUCUUUCAAGACCGCAAAUGGUUAUUCUUCAGAACUAAUAACUUUUCUUUGAAUUUGAAGGCUGGUGGUGUGUAUUAUGCGCGUGCCUCUGCCACCAUGUUUCAUCAUUGUAGCAUUUCUUUCAUCGUUAUUUUCCACAAUUUUCAUCUUCACUUUAGGUAGCCCUUUGAGACCCGAACGCCAAAAAUGGAACAUCACUCUCGGAGGCGUUUGGGAUGAGUUUGCUCUCCUGAGCAAUGACAAUGAAGACCCGGCCGGGAUCCUGCAGCCGUCCAACCACUCUCAUCAGCUGCCACCUUCCUACACUCCUGAGCAGAUCGAGAACCAAACCAUGCGUCAAUUCCAGUUGUUGAAGGUGAAUUACAGCCGACUGUUGUCUGAAUUGGACUGGGAAAUGUCAGCCAAAGACUUGCGCAGUGGCCGAGGUCUGCCUCCCAUUGUGGACAAAGCGUUGCGCUUGCUCAAUCUCAAACAAGUGAUAGAAGAAGUAGAAACAAGUGUUAUGUCCAAAGUGUCGUGCACAGCGUGUAAAGCAGGUGCUGGACUUUUGCAGCAUUAUAUCCAUCAUGGAAAAACCAGAGAUGAUAUAGUAAAAAUAACUUACCAAUUUUGUGUUAGUUUCAAACUUCAAACUCCUAGAGUAUGUGAAGGGAUCACCGAGCUGUUUGGGGGUGAAGUAGUGUACGUAUUGAAUCGACUAAAACUAGGACCUGAAGAGAUUUGUAGUUUUGUGAUUGGUGAUGCCUGUGGUGAUGUGUAUAAUCCCACUCAUGAAUGGCAAGUCGUUUUCCCUCCAGUGCCAAAGCCAACUGUCAUUCCAAUUCCAAAUCCUACCGAAGGAGGUGCCACGUUCAAAGUGCUGCACUUGUCGGACACCCACUUCGACCCGUACUACCAGGAGGGCACCAACGCAGACUGUAAGGAGCCGCUGUGCUGCCGGCUGACCAAUGGCCCCGCCCCCGACGCAGCGUCGGCCGCCGGCGCCUGGGGCGACUACCGCAAGUGCGACACCCCCAAGCGCACCAUCGACAACAUGUUCCAACACAUCGCCGCCACCCAUCCAGAUAUCGACUACAUCCUGUGGACUGGUGAUUUACCGCCACAUGACGUCUGGAAUCAAACCAGAGAAGAGAACCUGAUGAUAUUGAAACAGACUGUCGCUCAAAUGACGCAAUUCUUUCCUGGAAUUCCGAUAUUUCCAGCUCUAGGAAAUCACGAAGCAGCACCUGUAAAUAGUUUUCCGCCGCCAUUCGUGCACAACGACUUUUCGAUCACUUGGCUGUACGACGAGUUGGACACCCAGUGGCGGGAAUGGCUGCCGGCCAGCGUCUCCCGAACCGUGCGUCGCGGCGCCUUCUACUCGGUGCUUGUGCGUCCGGGAUUCAGAAUCAUUUCGCUCAACAUGAACUACUGCAACAACAAGAACUGGUGGUUAUUAUUGAAUAGUACCGAUCCUGCCAAAGAGCUUCAAUGGUUCAUCUAUGAACUGCAAAGUGCUGAAUUCAAUAAUGAAAAAGUUCAUGUCAUUGGACAUAUUCCUCCCGGCCACAGUGAUUGCCUAAAAGUUUGGAGUCGAAAUUAUUAUACAAUAAUAAAUAGAUAUGAGUCAACAAUUACAGCGCAGUUCUUUGGUCAUACACAUUUUGAUGAAUUCGAACUGUUCUACGAUUCACAAGAUCUAGGGAGACCAACUAGUAUAGCUUAUGUUGGUCCAUCCGUAACUCCUUAUAACGAUCUAAAUCCUGGAUACAGAAUAUACUUUAUAGAUGGAGACCAUGAUCAAACAACAAGAACUGUUAUUGAUCAUGAAACAUGGGUGAUGAACUUGAAAGAAGCCAAUCUCUACAAUUACCCAAUCUGGUACAAACUGUACAGUACACGAUCGACUUACCAGAUGCCCAAUCUCCUACCACAAGAGUGGGACAAUUUCCUCAACCAGCUGGCUGAAAAUGAAUCUCUAUUCGACCAAUACUACAAACAUUACUGGAAGAACUCUCCGGUUCGCCCGGCGUGCGACGCGGAGUGCAAGAAGAGGCUGAUCUGCGACAUUCGCUCAGGCAGGUCGCACGACCGCAAGGCGCUCUGCCAGGAGAUCGAGAGUCGCAUCGACGCCAACACACGCACCGGCUGGCGAGCCUGGUUCUACAACGGCCUCGCACUCUCCAUUUGGAUUCUAUCCACAAUUUGUGAUUUAUUGAUGUCGGUCAUAAUGGCAAUACCUUCACUCACAUACAAAAUUCCAAAGUAUGUCUUGGGAUUCGGAUAGCAGUAACUCAUCAUUCAUGAAUUUAUUGUGAAAUUAUCGAAGUGCUCAUUUUCAACAAUUACAUUACCGUGCAGUUAUUUUCAAAACUAGGAUUCAUAUUUUCUUACAUUCAUAAUAAUGUAAGUUGACGAACAAUCCACGAACAUAAGUGAACUCAUUCUUGGUUCAAUAAUGUUCUACAAACAGAUUCUUAUAAUUUAUAAUUAUUGCUCAAAAUAUAUAAUCCAGGUACUUGAUUCCAAAAUUGUAUACCUAUUGAAACAGAUAGCUUAUUACGGUACUGAAGCAUGAUACUAGCUUUAAAUUUGGAAACCAUCAAUACCAAUAAAUUAUUAAUUUACUUAGAUUACUUAGUUACCUAAAAAUACGUUAUAGCUUAUUCACCUCUAUUAAAUAUCAAUAUUGUGUAUUCGUCUACAAAUAUAUUUGUUUGAUACAGUUGUUCUUGCGAUUCUGGUGGGAUGAAAUAAUCGCCUAUUGAAAUUUUCAAUUCCUCUGUGAAUAACAUCCACGUAUAUUAUGUGAUGCUUCACUUUCCCAGGGAAACUGCUCAUACUGAUCCGGUAGCCUACCCAAAAUUUUAUCCAAAUUCAGCAAACUACCGUAUAUAUCCGCUUGCCUAAACAAACAGAAAAAACGUUGCUACACGGUGUAUCAAAAGUUUGUGCAUUGGUAAAUUCUCAAAAAUGGAAAACCUAUUUUUUUAACAUCGAGUUAAGCUAGAAAAUCGAAAAGAAUACGAUAGCUCUGAAGAGUGGAAUUGGCCUUAUAUCCUUAUACAUAGUGUGAUGAGAUUCUCAAACUGCGAUUAGAAUCAAUAUUAUGUGAAAUUCAGUACUUAAUAAUAAUUAUCAAGUUGAUAAUUAUUUUUUGAAGUGAACAUGAACUCUAUUAUCUAAUACUGUAUUAUUACAUAAUUAUUAAAUCGUUCUUGUCACCUAGCUUUCCGUUGUACAGUAUUAGUUUUUAUAUAAUCUUCUAUUGAACGAGCACUAGCGAGUUCUUACUUUUGACUCAAGGUCAAAGUUCUUGUCCGUCCGUGUGUAUGUUCGACAAUAACUUUCUUUAAGGGCAGGUCACACCGAGCUCGCGUCCGCGGCGGUAGCGAAGUCAAAAAACUCGCCUUCCAUGUUAUUAAGUUGUGCAGGUCACACCGAGCUCGCUACCGCGGAGGUAGUACCUCGGCGGUAGUUUCACUUCGCGAGACAAGCGAACUUUUGAAACGUCUCCUAGUGGGAGUACCGCUAGCGGUAGUGAGCUCGGUCUGACGUGGCCAAUCUAAUAACAUGGAAAGCGAACUCCAGAACUUCGCCAUCGGUAGUGCUCUGGUUGCCGGCCUUCCCCCACUUCUAGAGAACCAGCCUCAUCAAAACAAGAACAAAACCAAACUACCGCUGGCGGUAGUUUUUUGGUGUGAACUGCUUCCAGAAAAACUACCUCCGCGGGAGCGAGCUCGCUACCGCUAGCAGACGUUGGUGUGACGACCGCUUAAGACUUGAUCAAGAAGCUUCAAAUUUUGAACACAUAUUCGUCGAUCCUUUUUACAGAUCAAGUUCGUUAGAUAAAUACACCGACUCCUUCGGUUAACAACUUUUACAUUAACAAACUGAAACUGUUAGAUAUAUCAAUGUGCAGUUUUCGCAAUUCAUUUUCUCUUGGAACUCUGUAUAGAAAUAAUUUAUUACAUGACCACCUUCUCAUUUAUAAAAAUGAAUUUGGUUAUUAAUAUAAGGAACAAACAUGUAUAUAAGUAAUUUUUGAAGAGUAAUUUUUCAUUUCGAAUAGGAUCCCCAAUUUCAAAUUAUUCUUGCGAAAUAAAUAUUCAGCUGUUUCCAUAAUUUUCACCAAAUCUGUAUAAUUAAAAAUUAUGGAUUUCAAAGAUUACAAUAGGCAACCACAGUUCAAGGGCGAGUUCUCCAAGCCAGGGGGUCACUAGCUAGUACUUGUUUGUUGAUCUAACGCUGAAUAUUCAGUUUCGUAAUUCAGUCAAAUAUUUUGUAAAGUAUUGAUGUAAACAUUAAUUUUAUUUAAUGGACUAAUCGUUAUAGAUUGGUUUCAAUCUUAAAAUUGAAUUUUGUUGUUAUUUUUUAUUGUUUCGAAUACUAUUAAAAUAAAGCCAUGACAUUAAGAUCA